AUGACAGUGGUGUAUAGGAAUAUAUUGCUGUGGCGAAAUGCGUGUAGCAGAGUAAUAUCUGGUGGAUAUCGAAAUAUAUAUCUCAUAACAGUAAAGCGACAGAGUAGUAGACCGCGAUUUCCAUUCUUCAAUAAGCAUAUGAAAGUGACUGAUCCAGCUCGCCAAGAUCCGGACCAUUUUGAAAAACUAGCACAUAAAGUACCUCUUGAUGAACGGUAUGUGGAUACGUUAUCACUUUUAUGGAAGGAAAAGACAGGCAGCGAACGAGAAGUGACUUUCAAAGGCGAUGAUCGAAUGAUUGGGAGGAAGCCACAAAACUGGGUACCAGAAAUUGACGAGAAUUCGCCCAAAGCUAAUUAUGCAGAACUAGACUGGGAAGAAAUACCGGAAUCGGUGAAGAAAAUUUUUAGCAUUAAAUUUGGCGAAAGACGAGAUUAUACAGAUGCCUGGAAAAAAGCUUUGAUUGACAAAGUACGAAAGCAUGAACUCGACAUAAAUUCAUUGGAAGUUAAAAUUGCUUGGACAACCGGUGUAAUACGUUCGUGGACCUUGCUAGUUCAGGAAAUAGAUAACAAACCAAAGAAGCCAGCUCAUAUUAUAUAUCCUCUUCAGUUGAUGAUAGCAUUUCGUCGAAAACUCUUACGGCAAUUACGUGAAGUAGAUACAGCAGCUUUUGAAAAGGUGUUGUCGGAAUUAAAAAUCGCUUAUCACGUACCGAAACGUCCGGAGGAGCAGGUUGAAAAAAGACGAAAAGCAUGGGUGGAAGCUCUGUUGAAAGAAAGAAUUGCAAUGGAAAAAGAUAUUAAGAUGGAGGAGUUAAAUAAGAAAUAUAUUGCUGAACGGAUAAAAUGUGGACCUGAAAUAAAAAAUCGUCUGGAAAAAUUGGACACUGAAGAAACAAAAAUCAAUUCACGUUUAAAAGAACUUGCAAAAAUUCAAGGAGAAAUGUCGAAAAAAUUGCCAAAAUAUCAACCGAAAUUGAUAGAAGAAUUAUCGGAAAUAGCAGCUCAUGCAAUUUUAUAUCAUCGCCCCGAAGAUUCUCAACGUAAGGAUAGAUUGCUUGCCGCAUAA